UCCUCAGCGACGGGGGUUGGUUGAGUCCGCGCGCUGGAGAAGGAACAACAGACUGACAGACAGCAGCGCGUCGAGGGAAAGAUGGAGCAGCCCACUCUCGCCGUGGACUUCAAUUUCUUGUUAGCUACCGACUCCUACAAGGUCACACAUUACAAACAGUAUCCACCCAACACCAGCAAGGUGUACUCUUACUUUGAGUGCCGCGAGACGAAGACAGAACCUACCAAGCUCAGAAAAGUCAAAUACGACAAAACUGUCUUCUAUGGGCUUCAGUACAUUCUCCAAAGAUAUUUAAAAGGACAGGUCGUCACAAAAGAGAAGAUUCAGGAAGCAAAAGAGGUGUACAGGGAACACUUCCAGGAUGACGUGUUCAAUGAAAAAGGAUGGAAUUACAUUUUGGAGAAAUACAACGGUCACCUGCCCAUCGAGAUCAAGGCUGUGCCGGAGGGAAGCGUUAUCCCGCGUGGGAAUGUUCUGUUCACCGUAGAAAGCACAGAUCCGGAGUGCUACUGGCUCACUAACUGGGUAGAGACUAUCCUGGUUCAGACCUGGUACCCCAUCACCGUCGCGACAAACUCAAGAGAGCAGAAGAAGAUCCUGGCCAAAUAUCUCAUGGAGACGUCAGGAAGCCUGGAAGGACUGGAAUAUAAACUGCACGACUUCGGCUACAGAGGGGUUUCAUCACAAGAGACGGCUGGUAUCGGCGCAUCUGCACACUUGGUAAACUUCAAAGGAACAGACACCGUGGCCGGGAUCUGUGUAAUCAAGAAGUACUACGGCACCAAAGACCCGGUUCCUGGUUUCUCAGUACCAGCUGCAGAACACAGCACAAUCACUGCCUGGGGAAAGGACCAUGAGAAGGAUGCUUUUGAACACAUCAUCAAGCAGUUCCCGUCUGUCCCCGUGUCUAUCGUCAGCGACAGCUACGACAUCUACAACGCCUGCGAGAAGAUCUGGGGUGAGGACCUGAGGGGUCUGAUCGAGAUGAGGAGCGCAGACGCCCCGCUGGUGGUCCGACCAGAUUCGGGAAACCCUCUAGACACAGUGCUAAAGGUCCUAGAAAUUUUAGGAAGGAAAUUUCAUCCAGUUGAGAACUCUAAAGGCUAUAAGGUGCUUCCACCCUACAUCCGAGUCAUUCAGGGUGACGGUGUGGACAUCAAUACUUUACAGGAGAUUGUGGAGGGCAUGAAAAAGCACAGAUGGAGCAUUGAGAACAUCUCGUUUGGCUCAGGAGGAGCUUUGCUGCAGAAAGUGACUCGAGAUCUGCUCAACUGCUCUUUUAAGUGCAGUUAUGUGGUGACGAACGGACUGGGCGUAAACGUCUUCAAAGACCCUGUUGCAGACCACAACAAGAGGUCAAAGAAAGGUCGCCUCUCUCUUCACAGGACGCCUAGUGGAAAUUUCGUUACUCUGGAAGAGGGCAAGGGUGAUCUGGAGGAAUACGGAGAGGACUUGCUGCACACUGUGUUCAGGAACGGGAAGAUUGUGAAGAAAUACACCUUCGAUGAGGUCAGAGACAAUGCCAAGCUGAAGGAGAGCGAAUUGGAGGAACUGCUGCUCUGAGCCUGUUUCCCAUCAGCCCUCUCUCUGCCCGCACCCACCGAGAGACGUGAGGACACACAGUUACCCCGACGUUCAGUGUGCAGAGCUGUUCUAUGUUUCUGUCUACGCUUCAGUGUCUCUUUCUAACGGCAGAUGAGAGCAGUUAUCAUGCUAUUUAAAUCAUUUAACUCUCUAUUUGACCAAGUGUGCUACUGAUCACACGUCUUUGCAGGAAUGGAGACGUUUAUGUGUGCGUAUACCGCGAGAAGAUUUCGCUUAGCUUGACUGUAGGACUGAAUGGUAAUCGUUCUGUGUUUGUUGAAUGUGAAUGUUGUGUGUAGGGUUUAUCACUUUAUUAUAAAGGAUUGAUUUAUUCCUUUAUGCAAAGGAGACGGCUGAACUAGAGGGAUACUUUCGUUGGCCUUGUGUUUAUUUUAUGUUAUUUCUGGUUUUAGUUGAAUAAUGAAACCUAAGAGGGCAUGUUUAGGUCAGAUUUCCACCUAAAAUUAAGAGGACGAAAAAGAGAAACUUCAUUUUGCAUAAAGAAAUUAGCAUUUUAGCAUUAUUUUCAUGAUAUUUAAGGACAUCUUACCACCAAUACCCAUUACUCUAUUGUGUGCCGAUAUUUUUAUUUUAUUUUUACAGUAAUUUCAGACAUUUUCAAUGGUAAUUUUCAUUAAUCGUUCUCUGGAAAUAUUAAAUUGUUACUGUAAAUUGUUUAAUUUCCAUAAGUAAAAAAAAAAUCUAAAUCAGCAUAAAUUAAAGGCUGUACAGCAAACAUACUGUGUAACUAAUGAAAUAAAUA